AUGCCUCGCCCCUGCUGCCUCCCAGCCGUGAUUCCCACUUCUGCUCGCCGCACGGUCCCGCCGACCACCGACCCCGUCGUCGAGCCCCUGCCCGUCACCGCCUCCCAUCGCCCCUGCUCCGCCGCGGCUCUGCUCCGCCCCCGCAGCCGCCUUGCUCCGCCACCCGCACGCCGCCGCGGCCCCCUCUCUGCUGCUGCCGUGCCGCCCCGGCCUCUUCUCCCUCCCACAGCGCCAUCCUCCACGGGGCCGCCCUGCUACUCUGCAGCGCCCCACCGCCACUCGCCGGUGGCUGCGCGCGCCUCGCCGCUGCCCCGGUGGGUGCCUUGCCCCGCAGCGCCCUGA